GCAGCCGCGGCCCGGCGGGAUCCGGCACGGCACGGCACGGCACGGAGGGCACCGGCAGCCGCGGGCAUGGCAGGCAAAGCCCACAGGCUGAGCACGGAGGAGAGGGAGCAGCUGCUGCCAAACCUGAGAGCCGUGGGGUGGAACGAGGUGGAAGGCAGAGACGCCAUCUUCAAAGAAUUCCACUUCAAGGACUUCAACCGGGCCUUUGGCUUCAUGACCAGAGUGGCUCUACAGGCAGAAAAACUGGAUCACCAUCCUGAGUGGUUCAAUGUGUACAAUAAGGUUCACAUCACCUUGAGCACCCACGACUGCGGGGGUUUGUCGGAGCGAGACAUCAACCUGGCCAGCUUCAUCGAGCAGGUGGCAGCUUCCCUCUCCUGAGCAGGGAUCCACGCAGCCAAAACCCCACUGUGCCACUGUGUCCUGCCACGAUGGCUGCACCCAGAGCCUCUUCCCACUUCCAAGCUAGGUCCUGGUUCCAGACAGCCCUGACACCUCGCCAGCCCUGCCGGCGCAGCUCGGAUGGAUGGAGGCACUUCUCAGGGUGCAUGUGUCCAUCUCUGAUCUUGCAGAUUCCACCCUUAAACCCUUAGCCAUGUGAUCCCACACCCCCAGCUGCUGAGCCUCUUACCAGGAGUCAGUCGUAUCACAGUCAUGGGAUGGUUGGUGUUGGAAGGGACCUUAAACAUCACCUUGUUCCAGCCCCUGCCAUGUCAGGGACACCUUCCCCUAUCCCAGGCUGCUCUAAGCUCCAUCCA